CGUCGUGGGGCGCCGGGAUCUGAUUAACUGUGACACUUGACAGUUAGGGAACCUGAGAACGCUCCCCCCACUCGCACACUCUCUCUCUAGAAACCUUCCCUUCCCCUCCCCUCGUCUCCCUUCGCUUCCACUCCAUUAAAGCCCUCCACCAACUCCAUCACAUCACAUCACGUCCCAUCUCAUCUCAUCUUCACCCAGAGAGGAAUCGAUUACAGAAGAGAGAGAGAGACACAGAGAGUGAUACUAUAAUUUGAGUUAGAGGGAGAAAAUGCGGGCGGCGGGAGAUUUGGAGAGAGGUGGAGGCGGAGGAGCUGCAGCGAAGAGCAGCAGAUCGUCGAACAACAAUUACUCCUCGUCGUCCUCGUUCGGGAUUGAUGACGGGGAGGAUCAGUGGACAUCGUGGCUGGUCCCUAUGGUUGUGGUGGCCAACAUCGCCGUGUUUGUGGUGGCGAUGUACAUCAACGACUGCCCCAAGCACCAUCCGGGCUGCGUCGCCAGGUUCCUUGGGAGGUUCUCCUUCGAGCCGCUCCGCGAGAAUCCCCUCUUCGGGCCCUCUUCUAGAACGUUGGGUAAGCUCGGGGCUCUAGAGUGGGCUAAAAUCGUGCACGGACAUCAGGGAUGGAGGCUUGUGACCUGUGUCUGGUUGCAUGCUGGCGUCAUUCAUCUCCUCGCAAACAUGCUCAGUCUGAUCUUUAUCGGAGUUCGCCUGGAACAGCAAUUCGGGUUUGUGCGCAUUGGAAUAACUUACCUCCUGGCAGGAUUUGGAGGGAGUGUACUUUCCUCUUUAUUUAUUCGCAAUAGUAUCUCCGUGGGUGCCUCCGGUGCCCUCUUUGGGCUUCUAGGAGCAAUGCUGUCUGAACUGCUCACUAACUGGGGCCUUUACACAAAUAAGGCUGCAGCGCUGCUGACACUUGUGGUUAUUGUUGCCAUCAAUGUUGCGAUUGGGAUUCUUCCACAUGUUGAUAAUUUCGCUCAUAUUGGUGGGUUUUUGACGGGUUUCCUUCUGGGGUUCAUUUUGUUUCCUCGUCCUCAACUGGAAUGGUUAGCGCGCCAGAAUCUUCCAGCAGAUGUUCCGGUCAAAUCCAAGUAUAAAGCCCACCAGUACGUGCUGUGGGUAGCUUCCUUGGUCCUGCUGGUUUCUGGAUUGACGGUUGCGCUGGUGAUGCUGUUCCGGGGAGAGAAUGGGAGCGAGCGGUGCCACUGGUGUCACUACCUGAAUUGUGUGUCGACCUCUAGAUGGAACUGUGAAGGGUACUGAUGAUCCGAACUGAUUUGACAUAUAAUCAACUUAGUUUUUUGUUAGGCAUGUUAUUGUUUUGUUCUGAUUUAUUUACUUACAGAAAAAGGCCUUUGUCUAUAUGUGUGUACUUUGAAUUUAUGGACAUGAUCUGUAUAUGCUGUGGCGAUAGUUUGUGCAGUUGAAAUCUUCUUCCUUCAUGUGCAAUAUUAAUAUUAUGCUUAUAUUUCUGUU